GGACCAGCCUCCCCUCCUCUCUGAUGACAAACUCUCAUUCCCCCUCUGUCCAACUCCUCGGAAACAACUCUCAACCUCCAGGAUUCUCCUUCGUCGUUUCCCCUCUUCCUUUUUUCAGUUGCACCUGUUUUUUAUUUUAUUUUUUAUUUAUUAAUAUUUUAUUUAUUUUUUUUUUUUUUUACAAAGUCUAACCCCUCCGCACUGCUCAACAUCCCCCCAGAGACGUGAGUAGAUAAUGAGGACCCCCUGCCAGCGGUGACUUGUCUCCUCCGUGCUUCAGAGACACCGAGCAUCCUCAUCUUCCGCCCCCCAAUUUUUUUGGACGUUCAUCUGCCUUUCAACAAUGUAGGGGAAGGUGCGCUGUCAUUUCAGCGACGAGGAUGCCAACUACAUGUCUUGUUUUUGCUCUCCCCACCUUACAUCUUUGUCUCUACAGCCGAGGGGGGAUAUGAAAGAUUUCCGUGAAGGCAAAGUUUGAGGGUACCUCUGUCGGUUUUCCCGCUCACCUGUCCGCCUGCACGCGCGAGCCCCCCUCUCUCCGUUUACCUGAUAACGAGGAAGAUUAAAGAACAAUUGACGUGCAACUUGAAAGACACCUGACUAUUGUUCUGGUAUUUUGAGUGGGAUUUGGCAGCGCUGUUGAAGGAAUUUGAUGUGCGCAACGCUGAAGGAUAUGGCUUAAAUAAUGGUUGCGUUACUGACAGCCGGAGUAAGGUCCGUCACUUGAGUGCUUUUAUCAGCUAUUGUCGACUUUGGAGGAAACCCAUCUAAAUGGGAGGAUACCUGGAGGACUGAGUCGGAUUCGGCAGUCGAGAAAAAUGUGGAUAAAACGGAGUGUUGCGCGCAGUCCGUCUGCUUUGAGGCCAGGCAGCUGUGUGGGGCACCGGGUGUGGAUCCUGCUGGCCAUGACCCACCUCACCUUGGACUUCUCUGUGUGCAGCCCCCUCAGUCAGGGCAUGGGGGUCAAACUCACGCCUAAAUCGGUGCCUCGCUCUCGACCUCGCUGGCAGCCACUCUGGGACACACCCAACAAGCUUCACUGGAGAACAGUCAGCCCGUUGGCCCGCCGGCUCCUCAACCCUGUCCCUCCACCCCAAGACAACAGGGCAGGGCUAGGGCCAAAAGUCAAGGGUCAAAAGCAGCGAAAGCCAGUGCAUAAAGGACAAGCAGCGUGUAAGGAGUGCCGGUUGAGAUACUCUCAAAAGGAGACAGGUGAUCCUUUGGCUGUAAUAGCCGAAGCUCCAGCAGCUUUACCAAGCGGGAGCAGAGGAGACACAGUGAGGUUGUUACUUAGAGCUAGGAGGCAGCUCAAAUGGGACAGCUAUGACAAGUCUCAGGAGGGCCGAACUACCACAGUGGCUGGAUUUAUCGACUGGGGACCCACAGGGACAGAUAGCAUAGAUGAAGAUGGCAAACCGGAGCUCAACGUGACGCUGUCCACCAAGGUCUCAACUACCACAGUGGCCACAACCACUAGCACUACACCCAGGCUAGCCCAAAGGACGUUCACUGUGGUGACCACACCAGAGCCCAAGAGGCUCAGCACCACCAAGGCCACUGUCAGCUUCGGGGAGACUGUCAAACCACCAAAGCCAUAUGGGGACACACCAGGUUUGGCAGUUCACCAGAUAAUCACAAUCACUGUGUCUCUCAUUAUGGUUAUCGCAGCCUUGAUCACAACACUCGUCCUUAAAAACUGCUGUGCGCAGUCGGGAAAUGGCCGCCACAAUAGCCAUCAGCGCAAGAUCCACCAGCAGGAAGAAAGCUGCCAAAACCUGACAGACUUCACCCCGGCCCGGGUGCCCAGCAAGGUGGAUAUAUUCACUGCCUACAAUGACAGCCUGCAGUGCUCACAUGAGUGCGUUCGGACUGCCGUGCCCAUCUACACUGAUGAGAUGAUCCAGCAGACGCCUGUCUACAAGACUGCUUACAACGGAAACAGGCCCUCCCCCACUGAAAGACAACUGAUUCCUGUGGCCUUUGUGUCAGAGAAAUGGUUUGAGAUCUCUUGUUGACGAGCUGAAGGCCUUGUUCACUUCCUGUGGGUGGAAGAGACUUCCUGAAUUCACGCUCUGGAUCCAGUUGGAAACAAGAAACACACAAAACAGCUUCUUUUGUAAAAUAGUGUGAUCACUCUUUGGACACUGGUGAAGAUAUUUAUUUUUCUAGAGAUGACAAGCAGAGCAGCCACAACGCUGCCACUCCAUAUUUCCAGGAACGUACAGUCAUUUAGAUAUAGAUUAUAUAUAGGUAUAUUUACAGGAUGCGUGGGACAAGACUGUGAACGUCACAAAUGUCUCAAGGAAAACAUUUGACAUGUGGGGGGAACAAAAGGAACCCAAGGAGCUGCUGUGGGUGGAAGAUGAACUGUAUUUCUGAACAAUGUGCCAAUAAUGCCACUAUGUGCCACAACCUGGAUAGAUGGAAGUUUCAACAACAACUGAUGGACUAAACAAAGAGCGCUAUAUUAACCCUGUAUCGACUCCAACUACAUUUUUUUCUUUGUUUUGUUUUAUUAUUUUUUUUAAGAAAUGUGAAACAUAAAAAAAUGCUACAAAUGUAUUUGAAUAUGUUUUGAAAUAGUUUUAAGAAAUGUGUUACAAAAGAAUCUAAAAGAUAUUUAUAUGAAGCACUAUUCUAUUAGUUUGGAAGAAGAGAGGACGGAAAAAAAAAAGAACCGGUAUAUGCUUUAGUGAACAGUUGAUUUUAAAACAUUGUUUCUAUAGGUCCCAUUUUAAAAACAGAAUAGUUAUGUCUAUUUUUUUACACAGUAGAGUCUGCCACAGCCCUAACAGUGAAGGUCCGAAGCACCUGGGAUUCAGCGUUGUUAAUUAAAUACUCCCACCCCAGCUGAGAUGAUAACAAAGAAACCAUCUAAAUACACCCAAUUCAACGCCUGCUCCAACUGGUUAUUAUGAAAGAUUUGUACCUGAUUUGGUUUAAUGGACAAAACGAACAAAAGGUUUCUGUGGUGCAGGAUCUCUGCUGCAACGAAUCCCUUAGCAGCGCAUUCAUGAAUAGACUGCGUAAGGACAGCCACAACAGACUGCACGGAGCUGGACAGGACAUUCAUACUGCCUCAGGUCUGUCUAGCUCUCUUGCACACUUCAUGUUGGUCUCAGUUUCAGCAGCUGUUUGGAUACAUUUCAAUGAUUGGUUAUGAUUUAGAUCUGAGCUGCAAAGCUAAAAGGGUGGAAUAGAUUCAAUUUGAGCUUCAAAUUCAAGUCAUUCAUGUGAUAAUUUGCAUAAAUAGGAAAGAGAUUGAAAAAUUAAUCCCUCCACAGAUAGUAAAUGAAUAUCCCCACACAACUCCCAAGAUUCACUUUUGAUAAAUUAUUUUUGAAACCUAAAAAGUCUGAAUUACAGUCAGAAAGUCAAAAAGAACAUGAACCAAUUUGCUGAAGAUGGAACAUGAAAAUGAUCCUCAGUUUUCCAGCUAAGAAUGAAGAAGAAGCUGUGAAAGAGGUGUCCCUCAGGAUCCAGAAUGAUCCGCAUCAUGCGUUUUAAAUGAAAGCAAAGGGGGAAAUUCCCUUGCCGAAUGUGUGGUGGGAGGUUAGUUAGCUCUCUCCAGAGCCAGAUCCACUCAAUACUUGAGGACAAUAUUUCUAGCAUAUCAGAAUUUCAGCUAUCACAGCCAGGACGAUGUGGGUUGUGCACAAAUAGAUUGCUUUAAUUCACGCCGAAGGAAACAGAGCGAAAAUACGAUACAGACUUAUGAGAAAAAAGAGUUUAAUUUUGUUCUUCAAAGACCCAAAACACUCCGUCACUGCAUUGUUGAAGUAAGGGGAUUAUGACAAGCCAAUCAGCCGCUGCCAAAUUGCUUUAAAACUAUCUCUUAAGUCAAGGUGAGGGAACUCCAUGGUCAGGAAAGACAGUAAAGCUCUCCUGAGAGCUUUCUAGCCCCAAUAAUUUUAUUAUCAACCUCAAGCUCUCAAAGACAGAUUACCUUUGUGCUACCAAGCUCUUGAGGAAGCCGCCUAUGAAUCUACCUUUUAUUGUGCUGUGGGUUUGUACAAAGCACAAAUACAAUUCUGUAAUUGUAAACGUUUUUCUUGGCUGCAGACAGCAAUAUGUACAGAUUUAAAAGGUUGGUUUUAUUGCGUGUCGACAGUGGAUCUCUGGUAAUUCGCUUAGGUUGUUUUCAGGCUUGUACUCACUUCCUUAAAGGAUUCAAGGAAACAGGUCGUCCCAGUGUGAUCAGUAUCUGUAUAUGUGAGCCAUUUGGGAGGUGCCGAGACGGCCUGGGAUAAACACUGUGGUGCAAAACUCUUGCUUUUGCCCAUUCACAACAUGAAAAUCACUCUCAUGAAUGACCCAUACCAAUUCAGCCUCACUUGUGUGUGUCAGGCUGCCGAGUUGCUUCUUUGACAUAACAUAUAUUUUUUUGAAUGAAGAGUGUUAUCUUACUAGUCAGAGGGUUACGAAAACUUACUGUAUAUUAUACACGUGUAAAUGUAUUUUCUAUAUAUUUGCUUCUAUUUGUGUACAGGUGUGUUCUAUUUUUCAGGACCUCCCCCAGUUUUUGGGAAGGUUUCAGCUAGGUCGGGGAUAGUGUCUUUGUUUACAUGUGUAACUACAGUAUUUCUUUUAAAACACAAAACUAACCUUGUGCCAAGCUUCCUACCUGCACUUUCAAGCAGUACUUGUAUUAUAUCUUUAGCUAACCAGUAUAAUACUUCAGUAGACGCUGCAAUAGUUCAGAGAUGUGGGGAGUGACUUCCAGGUGGAAUGUCUCAAAGUACUGAGUGGUUCAAAGAGGUGUUGUGAUCAUAUCUUGGGUUCUGCUGUGUUCAUGGUUGGCUGGGAAACCAAUGACUUUCUGUUCUUUAGCAUUAUUUCUACAUGAAUUCUAAUAUUGAGUGUUUCAUCACAUGAUAAAAAAACAGUGUAAAUCCAACAGUAGCUGCCAAGAAACCAACUAAACUUGAUCGAGACUGGGUUGCACUCAUUUGUCAUAUUUUGUAUAUACAUAUUGCUACAACUGCCCCGAUUUGCCACAUACGUAUUGUAAUGACUGCGAAAACUAACCUAUAUUAGCAUUUAUGAGCAUAUGGAAUCAUCAGGGAAAGAUUUCUAAAGAAAGCAUUGUGAAAGGAAGAUGGUGUACUUGUUUGGAUUUCACUUUUUGAUGCAACUACGAAAAUUGAUCUGGUUAAAAAAGAUCAGAGUUACGCACAAUGAUGUGGGAAGCUAUUCACUUUUUACAUUUAGCACCAUCUUUAAAGGAUAAUUCUGGUGUUUUACAACUUGGGCCUUAUUUCUAUUGGUUGAUCAAUCCACCACUACUUUGGUGCAGACUGAAAUGUAUUGAUUUGGUGGAGAUAUUCAUGGUGCUCACAGGAUGAGCCCUACAUGGUGAACUCUCUGGCAUGCUAACACGCUAUAAAAUGACUGUUUACACGGUAGACAUUACACUAGCUAAAAAUCAGCAUGGUAGCAUUGUACUACUGUGUAUUGUACAAGUGUAUUAGCAUGCUGACGUUAGCAUGUGGCUUGAAGCACCACCGGUGCGAACAGCUGCAAGCAUAGGUGUUUUCUUUUAGGAAUGUUGGCCAAAGUAACAACCAGGCUAGCAGAUGUUUUACACACUAAAUGUGCAGGAAUCUUGGAAGACAGUGACACAGCUAACACCAUACACUGCAUAUAAAGAUGGGUGACACUUCUCAGCUUCCUCCCACUGUGUAAAAAAGUCAAAAUAUUUAGCAGAGGAUCAUUGCAAUCUUGCGCUGGUGAAGUCAUUUCGAGUCAAAGUCUGUGCAGUAGUGGUUAGGGGAGGGGCCGCGGUAUCAAGGUCCUACCUCUACGCCCAUGUGUAAAGAUUGUGGAAAAAUGUAUUUGAUGUGUAAUUUGAAUUUGUAGUUUGGCCCAUAUCCAAUCCCCUAACUUUGAGGGGGCGGGGUUUAUGACCUAUUCUGCAGCCAGCCAUCAGGGGGCAAUCGAGAUGUUUUAGCCUUACGUUUUGGGAGCUGUCAUGUUAAACAUCUUUAUAUACAGUCUAUGGGUAAAACACAAGCGCACGAAAUAAUCCUUGAAGUCAGUAAACUGUGGUGGAUUCAUUGACAGACUGCCUUUAUUUUAUCUUUCAAAUAAGUUUGACUAACCGAGGAGUUUGUUUACAACCCAACUGCUCAUGCCGUGUUGGACUUAUUUUGCUUUUUUUUUUUUUUUUUAGCAAUGUAGCUGUGUUCCAAGAUCUCAACACUGAAGUUGGUUGAGUAAAAUGUUUUUAUUACUCACAGCAGUGAUGCCAAAGAGUUAAGAAAAUAAGGCUCAAGUUGCACCGAUAAUGAAUUAUCCUUCAAGCUUACAUACUGAAGACAGUAAGAGGUUUGUGCUGAAGUAUCAUGAAGUAGUUCCCUAUUACACCCACAACUUUUUUUAAAAUUUGGGCUUAUGAUCAUUUGUGACCAUGCUAGUUCUAUCAACUGCUGCAAACAGUUUCUUUAAAGAAGGUUGCUAAGUUUCAGUACUACUAACACUGUACAUGAUAGUUGUUAAAUGUCAGUGUGACCCGACUGAAAAUUGUCAUAAUUUGAUACCAAGCUAGUAAUGAGUGUGUGGGACUGAUUUAUCAUUCUUCAAAAAAUCUGCAAGACCAGAUUAUUGUUAAGGGAAACUUGGACAUCUAGACUUUCUGUGUGGAAAGAGAGUUUUACUUCAGUUAGCCUUGAAAUACUUGUUUGCACUGAUAGCAUCCCUCAUUACAACCACACAACGCAAUUUGCUUUGCAUUCCUGAAGGACAUUUAGACGAGGACAGAGGUAACUAGCAGCUAUGAUAUAUAUUUGAAACAGGAUAUUUGGAGACAUCGGCAUACAUCACCCCUCCUCCUUUUACCUCUGUCUGAAAUCAAACUGAUAUGUAAGGAAAUGCCUUACUGCUUUCUUGCCUUUUCAGUUUAUAUUUCAGGAUAGCUGAUGAGCGUGGUGUAUUAUAGCUAAGAGGGAGGAAAAUGAUUCCACUUCGCUGGUCAGAUUUGAUUUAGGAAACAUUAUCUGAGAGCAGCGCAGGCAAAGGCAGGGGGGGAGGGGACAUAGGGUGGGGUGGGAGAAAAGUAGAAAAGUCUUAAACAGACACCAAAGACUUGACAUGCCUUUUUCACAACGAAUGAAUAUUUUGCGGCUCCCGUUUCUGUCUCUCCAGCAGCCCACGAAACCUACGCUCCCUUCAGCACAAACAAGCUAUCAAUCAACCAGGGUUUUCCUGUCAAGAUGAAGGAUGUGCCGCGUACUCCCAGGCAGGGACUGCGAUUCCUGUUUGCAUGUCAGACAUACAGAUUGCAACCUAUUGACAUAUGUGUUUGAAUUAGAUGUUGGUUGGACAUUUCCAAGGCCAAGGCUUGUUUUUCUUGCCCACAUCACCGGAAGCUUUCACGAGAGGAGAGGAAUCAAUGUAUUGACUAUGUUCAAUCACAGUCUUUGGGUGUAUGGUUAGUGUAGAAACAUGUUUCAGAGUCGGUGUUGAUGGUGACAUGGUGCUGGUUUUUAUUUAAAACAAAAGUCGAUAGCAGGUUGCUCAAACAUCAAGGUGAGACUCAGCAGGAAGGAGAAGCUAUUUGAUCUGACAACAAAAAGUUAAACUCAGAGGAAAGGACAAAGUUUAUCUUCAUAGGCUGAUGUGUAUCUUUACUAAAUCCAUUUUUUAGCCUGUCAGAAACUGUAGCUCCUCACUCCGCUUCUCCUCAUCAUUUCAGAAAAAUCACGUACUGUGCGCUUACUAUAUCUAAAGCGGAGGGCUCCGACUCUCCUCUCGGGUCAUGUUUUUACUUUUCUAUUCACAAGAGCUAAGGCACUGUCACUGUAGUGCGUAUCAAUACAGUCAAAGACUUGAAGAAAAAAAACCACUUUGUUUGCAACAUCUCAAUUCUCCCUUAAUCCCCCUGCUAGAUGGAGAUGAGCUGCAUGACCCAAAUCUGCCGUUGCGGCAUUUGAUUUGCAUAGAAGGCCUCCAACGCUGUACAAUGCCUUCAGCAUAAAGUUUAGGGCUGGAACAAGUGACACAGUGAGGAACAUGUGGACAAUAUAGAUCCAUCGCUUGUUCCCUGAGAGUUGAUCAAAAUCAGAGUGGAUGGGGUGUCCAAAAAAUCCAUAAAUAUAAGAACAGCUUCAAUUUAUAGGGGUUAGGAAGGUGUAUAGGAUUUUUUUGUCUUUUUCUUUUUUGUUUGUUUUUCUGGGGGGGUCUUUUCACAUGUGGGCACACAGUGGUCUGUUCAUCGAAGCUGACUUACAAUCACAAUCCAUACCUACCAUGAAGGAACCUGAUUCGAGUUGUGUUGUCGCCAUAAAAAUGAAGAGUUUGUACUUUGUGACUCUGAAAACUUUUUAUAUUUGUGUUUAAUAUAUCAAUGAGUACCUCUGUUAACUUUUGUAUAAGACCUAUGACUAUAGUAUAUACAAACCAAACAUACACACACACACACGCACACACACAUACA